GAGAUGGCCAUGCCAAUUCGUUGAUCUCCGUUAAAAGAACUGAGAUUGCAGACAUGGAACUCCCAGCCUCCAACCUCAACACAUGAAGGAAGCAUGUAAAAUAUAUUCCUCUGAUCUGGCCAUACAACAUCUUGCAUUUUUUUAUGAUCAAAUUUUAAUGCAUCAUUCCGGAUGGUGGCAAAAUUUUCCUUAACAGAAGGUUUAAAAAAAAAAAAUCGUGCAUGAGUUCUUAGACAAGCAUACCUGAUAGGUUCCUUGAGGGAAGAAGAUCACCAAUGGCCAUCUCAACCAAUGACCUGGUCAGGAGAUCAUUGGUUACCGUCUUGGAUGCCCCUCCCACCGAGGCCGACCACAAUGCGAGGCCACCAUGCCGGCCAUUUCCCUUCGUACGACCAUCAUCAGAUCUCGAACGUGUUUCGCACUCGAGAUCUCUCUGGCCGCCUCGUUUCGUGGAUCAGACCCAGCGAGGCAGCGAGUUACCGCUAGGACGGGCGGGGUCUGGGCUGGGCGAAUUUGUUUGAAAUCUCGAGGACCUUUGCUCCUAUAGAUACCCCCGGUUCCUCUCCCUCCAGCCUCGGUCUGACCUCCCUCCGUUUGCCGUUUCCGUGCGCCCUCAUGUCUUCCGCAAAUCCCCAUUUCGUCCGCUUAGGGUUCGAGAAACCCCAAGGAUCCUUCUCUUCUCCGACCGCGACUAGAUCACUGAUCUCCUCCCCUGCUUUUCGAUCCGGUCCUCUUCGGUCCGGUGGAUUCAAAUGUGGCCUCGGAAGAUGCAGCCUUAAGCGAUUUUCCGUUCUCAUGCUGGCGAUUGAUGAGAAUUCGAUGGCUGUUUGCACGGUUAUCGAAGAGAGUAAUGGGAUUUCUGGAGGGAAGUCUUCGUGCAUGCCAUCCUCGAGUGAUGGUGGGGAGAGCGACACUGAGCUACUUGUUUAUCCUUCUGUGGAUGUAGACUUGCCAAUAAACAAGGAUCGUGUGGAAACACCUGAUCCUUCUUUAGCAGUUGCGGGCCACCAUGUUGCAACCCUUCAACAAGGACGCAGGAAGAGAAGAAUUCAAACAGGAAUCUUGAUUAAUGUGUGUUUGAUAGCCUUCUUAGCUGUUUUUCUUUUAUUCUUCGACUGGUGUUCAUGGCGGAUCAUUAGACAACCCUUAAAGCCUUUUCUUUUGAUGCAUCCUUUCACAUUAUCAGCAUUUCUAUCAGCAUUUGCUGGAUAUUUAUAUGUCCCACUAGUUGAUUGGAUGAAGAUUCAUCAGAUCCUUAGGAAAGAAGGGCCUACUACACACUCCUCUAAAAGGGGAACGCCGACUAUGGGUGGACUAUUUUUCAUUCCUAUUGGUGUCUUUGUUGCUAGAGUCAUAGUUGGCGGCAAUUCCAUUCAACUUAAUGGAGCAGCAGUAGCAACUUUUGCAUUUGCAAUAAUUGGGCUACUUGAUGACCUUUUGAGUUGCAUCAAAAGUCAUAACUAUGGGUUGCCAGGUUGGGUAAAACUGAGUUUACAGGUAGCUGUUGGGGCAUGGUUUUCUUUUUGGUUGGACUCAUCUAAUAUAUCAACACCAUACAGCAGGAAAUGGUUGGUGCCUCUUCCUCCACCAUUUGGCCUUGUGUCUCUGGGAAAAUUCUAUCUGAUUUUGACAGCAUUCUGUUUUGCUGCAAUGGGGAAUGGCGUUAACCUGACUGAUGGACUUGAUGGCUUGGCUGGAGGGUCUGCUGCAUUGGCAUUUGUAGGGAUGUCUGUUACCGUUCUUGCUAUAUGUCCUGAGCUUGCUGUUUUUGGAGCAUCAAUGGCUGGAGCUUGUAUAGGAUUUCUGUUUCACAACAGGUACAAAGCUUCCAUAUUUAUGGGUGACACUGGAUCCCUGGCAUUGGGUGGAGCACUUGCUGCAAUGGCUGCAUGCACAGGAAUGUUUUUCCCAUUGUUCAUUGCUUCUGGUAUAUUCGUCAUGGAAGUUUUGUCAGUCAUCAUACAGGUUCUUAGUGUGAAGAUCACCAAAAGGUUGUACGGGACUAGCAGACGAGUCUUUCGAAUGGCCCCUGUGCACCAUCACUUCGAACUAUGUGGUUUGAAAGAACCCAUCAUCGUUGCAAGUGCAUACGUUAUAUCAUACAUCUUGGCCUUGCUUGCUGGAUAUAUUGGUUUAAUUUCAGCUUGAAUUGCUUCCAUCUCCAGUCCGUGCUGCUCUCUCAUACCACCUACAUUUCCUUUCUCUGAUUCAUAAAUUAUCAUUCUGGUAUAAUUGGUCCCAGUCUAAGGUGGUUUCUGAGGUUCCAGAUGCCAAAGAGUCCUCUUUUUUUUAAUAUACCAAAUGGUUCUGCUUGAUAGGUAGGUGGCUUUGGUCCCAACAAGAAAGAGUGGUGUUGUGGGUGAAAUGACUGAUGUCACAGAAGCCGGAAAGUUGUUACUGAAUGGUUGGUAAUGGGUAUAGCUGAAGUAAUUUGUUCGGUGCUAUUGACUUGUGUUGAAAGAAAAGGGUAAACGGGACGGCGAGAGCUUGCGAUGCAUGGAUGGCUAGUUUUACCACCAUUGUAAGGUUGGAAUUGGAGCUGAUGACUUCUCAAGGUCAUGCAACAGGUCCCUCACGAGAGCUAUCUACAGCCCAGUUUAGGGCAGACUAGAGUAGUCUCAAUGGAAGCCAAACACACUGGAUCUUGCCUUCUUGUAUGUCUUGGAUCCAAAGUCGUUCAUUUAUGUUCAACCAUAAGUGUAGGGGUAGGGCAUGUGUGACGCAUUAAGAGAGGGGCAUGGAUGGUUGUGAUUUACCCACUUAGUUGAACUUUUUUUCUAUUAUGUACAUCACUGUUAUUUUCUCAAAAAUAUAUAUUCACUGUGA